AUGUCUCUCUCUCGUUCCGCCCUGGUAGGCCUCAUCGCAACGAGCACACUCGUGUCGGCAGGGCCAUGCGACAUCUACGCUUCCGGUGGCACGCCCUGCAUCGCGGCUCACAGCACAACCCGGGCUCUUUACAACGCCUACACAGGUUCCUUGUACCAGGUCAAGCGCGACUCGGACAACAAGACGACCGACAUUGCUCCGCUCAAGGCUGGGGGUGUAGCCAAUGCCGCAACCCAGGACAACUUCUGCUCCGGGACGACGUGUGUUAUCAGUAUAAUCUACGACCAGUCGGGCAAGCAGAACCAUCUGACACAGGCGCCGCCCGGUGCCUUCCAGGGCCCGGCGAGCGGUGGGUAUGACAACCUGGCGAGCGCCACGGGCGCGCCGGUCACGCUGAACGGUCAAAAGGCGUACGGCGUGUUCAUUUCGCCCGGCAUGGGCUAUCGCAACAACAAGGCCGUGGAUACCGCCACGGGAGACGAGGCCCAGGGCAUGUAUGCGGUGUUUGACGGAACGCACUACAACGGUGACUGCUGUUUCGACUAUGGCAACGCAGAGACGAGCAGCACGGACACUGGAAACGGCCACAUGGAGGCCAUUUACUUUGGCAACAGCAAAGGUUGGGGAACCGGAGCGGGCGACGGACCCUGGAUCAUGGCGGACCUCGAGAACGGGCUUUUCUCAGGCUUCAACCCAAAGAACAACCCCGACGACCCAACCAUCUCGCACCGCUUUUUGACGGCAAUCGUAAAGGGACAGCCCAACGAGUGGGCCAUCCGCGGCGGCGACGCCACGUCGGGUUCGUUGAACACCUUCUACAGUGGACAGCGGCCCAACGCGACCGGGUACAACCCAAUGAGCAAGGAGGGUGCCAUCAUCCUCGGCAUCGGCGGCGAUAACAGCAAUGGGGCCCAGGGUACCUUUUACGAAGGCGUCAUGACGACGGGGUACCCAUCCGACGCCACCGAGAACGAGGUGCAGACCAACGUUGUGUCGGCAAAGUACGCAACGACGUCGCUGACCAGCGGCUCAAAGAUCGUGGUCGGCUCAUCCAUCUCGCUGCGGGCAGCCGAAUCGGAUGCCUACCUGUCCCACGACGGCACCACCAUCGUGGCCCGCGAUGUCUCCUCGACCAGCAGCGACGAGCACAAGCAGCAGGCCAGCUGGACCGUGCGGAGGGGUCUCGGCAACGAGGACUGCCUAUCGUUCGAGUCGGCCAGUGCGCCGGGAAGCUACGUGCUGCACUCGGACUCGCGGCUGCUCCUCGCGCGCGACGACGGCUCCAAGGACUUCCGAGAGGACGCCACGUUUUGCCCACAGGAAGGGUUGACAGGCCGGAGCAGCCACCACUCUAUCCGCUCAUGGGCGCAUCCGACCCGGUACAUCCGCCUGUGGGACAAUGUCGCGUAUGCAGCAAGCCACGGCGGUGCCAAUCAUUUUGACAGCAGGGCUUUCUACCAUGAUGAUGCGAGCUGGGAGGUGUUGACAGGCUUUGUUUGA